AUGGCGCGGGGCGCGCGGGUCAGCGUGCGGCACGCGCCUCCCGCCUGCGGCACGGGGGGGAGCCCCGCAGCAGCCGGCUCGUUCGGCAGCACCAGCCGAGGCCCCAGACCGCCCUGGGGCCGCCCGGCCCGGCCCGCCCCGCGGCUGGGAGCCGCUGUCCUGCAGGCAGAUGGACAUCAGCUUAUUCUGGAAGAGAUACCAGACUGGAACGCCAUAGAGCUGGUGGUCAAGGGGGAGACUGUAUGUCGCUGCAACAUCAAUGACCUGGAUUUUGGAGGUGAUGGCAAGUUGGAUCCACUUUGUGAAGAAGCCAGAAAAGCAGUCUUGAAUGCUUACUGA